GUAGGAGACAUGACACGCUUGAUAUUGCAUCCACGUCUCUUGUACACAUUGCUUUGCAAAAUAACAUUUCUAAUGUGGAGUGCUAUGGUAAUUGUGAAAUCAAAAUUUCUUGCCCGAGUCUCAAAGUAUUAAAGUAUAAUGCUCCAGUGCCGAAGGAUAUAGUUGUUGAGAAUCUCUUUUCAAUAGAAGUUGUUCGUAUCAACCUUAUUGAUAGCGGUUCAAUCAAACAAAGAGGCAUAAUGUUGCAUGAGGUGAUAAAAAAUGUUCAUCACUCUACAUCAGUUUUGAAGCUAUGCAUGACUUCCAUUUCGGGUCUGUAUCAUGUGGCUCGCAGAAUAAAACUCUCUCCAUUCUCUUUUUAUAAGCUGAAGUCCCUAAAACUGGAAGUAGUAAUUUAUGAAGAGUCUAUGCAAAUGAUGAUGCUAUUGCUCAAGUACUCUCCAAAUCUGGAGGUUCUUAAAUUGUGGUCGGAUGAGAGUGUAGACGAGAGUGUGGAUUGGCAGCUGCUUGAUCUCGAUGAAAGCAUUGUGUGCUUGGAAUCCCAUCUAAAAUCAAUUCAUUUGACUGGUUUCAAAGGUGAAGAAAAAGAGAUAGAACUACUGAAGUUUUUCCUGAAGAAUGCACGAGUGUUGGAAAAACUGAUGAUUUUCUGGGAAAUAAACAUGGAUAAGUCACAAGAAGCAUCAGAGGAAGUCUUGAACUUCCAUAGAACUUCUUCACACGUUGUUCUGACGUUUCUUGAUGCCAAGCCCAAGCAAAGAUCUCAUAACUGGUACAAUAGAUAUUCAAAAUGACUCGACUUAGUCUUAAAGAUUCCAGUCCCAACCAGACUAUAAGCAAUUUCAUGUGGCUGUGAUGCUUAUGAAACUUCAAUUGUGGUUUUCCUUUCCAUGCUUGAACUGCUAUAGAGUAACUAGGAAGGUCAUGUCUUUUUCCUAUGGGAAGUAUCAAGCAGGAUACCAAAAUUCUAGUAUUGUUUUGCUUCGACACUUAAAGAUCCCCUGCUUUGCAAGGUCACUUUGCUGAAGUCUUUAAAUUGUGGCUAUAUGUUGAUAACGAUUUAAUGCAAGUUAUGAUAUUAUUGCUCAAGCAUUCUCCUAAUCUGGAGGUCCUUAAA